AUGAAGUUCUUAUCAACUGCCGCUGCGCUUCUCGUCUGCCUCGCUCCCAUUUCCACCUCAGCUCGAAGCCUCGACUUCCUCAAGUCAUCUCAAUCUCCUAUUCAAGUACAAGGCAAAUCAGUCGCAGGAAAUAACCCUCUGGAAUACUGUAACGACCCGUCGGGCGAUGUCCUAGAUAUUAAACAGGUGGACUUGGCACCUAAUCCACCUCUUCCUGGCAAAACACUUGUCAUCACGGCUUCGGGCACCUUGCGUGAAAAGAUUGAGGAAGGUGCUUAUGUGCUUUUGGAGGUUAAAUAUGGCUUGAUCACUCUUCUCAGGCAGACCGCCGAUCUCUGCGAACAGCUUGUCAAUGUAGACCUUAAAUGUCCUCUGGGGCCAGGUGACAUGACCUUGACCAAGCAGGUCGAUUUGCCGAGACAGAUUCCUCCGGGAAAAUACAAUGUUCAGGCCGAUGUCUUCACUAAGGAUGAUGAGCGUAUCACUUGCCUGAAGGCUGUUAACGUUGAGUUCAAGGGUCCCUUCUGA